CAACAUGGGCAGCUUCACCCUCCGCAACCCCCUCUACAUGACCCCCGAACAAUCCAACUCCAACCUAACCCACAAAGUCUCACGCGCCCGCAAAGCCGCCAAACACGCCCGCAAAGGCGCCCGCAAAGCCAACAAAGCCGCGCAAAAAGCCCGCGCCAAAUCCGACAAGAUCCACCUCAGCGCCGUGGCCGCUAGAGACGAGAUCUCGCAUGCGCAGCGGAUGACUACGGAUGCGUGGGGGGAGGUUGAUCAGGCGGAGGCGGAGCAUGCGACUGCUAUGAAGUGGGCUGCGUUUGUGGAGAGGGAGGGGGAGGGGGUUGGGGAGAUGGCUAGGGGGGUUAGGGGAGCGGCGAGGUUUGCGGGUGAGAAGGCGGAGUAUUGUGACCAUCGAUUUCGUUGAUUUUGCUUUUUGUGACUUUGGUUUUGGAGUUGGUUCUUGUGAGUUGAGGAUUGAGGACUUGAUUUUGAAUGACUUGUGUGGUUUGCGUACGUUCGCGUUGGUUUCGACUUGUGUGUUAGGGUUUGUUUGCUGUAUCGAUGCUACGAGACGAGUUAUGAUUUGGAUGUCGCUUAUUGGCUUACAAUAUUAUAUUAAACAGCUUAUGCUUACAGUUCAAUUGAUAUUUACUAUGG